AUGGCUGUGUCGCCCUUGAUCGCUCUUAUGGAGAAACAAACGGAGAAAUGUGUGUCAUUAGGACUCAAGGCUGUGUACCUGAAUGAAGUCGCACAGGAAGCAACACUGACGAAUGAUGACAGUCUGCAAGUGAAGACUGACGGUAAGCUGGACAUUCGAUUCAUCAGUUACUGGUCAGAUGGGAAAGAGAUCAGCGGUCAUUGUUGUGACAAUGGGCUCCGGGUUUGGUGCAAUGAUAAAUGUGACCCAAUAUUUACACUGUGCAUUGAUGGCCCUGACGGAAGAGAGAAGUGUUCUCUAUAUGAAAGCACUACGGUCUACAUAGAUAACCACAACACAAUCCACUUUGGAAGCAGCAUUCAAGGAACAGCAAAUCCAUUCAUCAUCAAUGUGCCCAAAGCAGUACCGUCCUCAAUAAAAAUAACGGUGCAGGUGUAUGACAAAGAUGACUUCUCCAGUGACGACCACAUGGACACACUCUCCAAGCUGAUCAACAUCCAGGCUGCUACUUCAGAACAGACAGCCCUGUACACCCCAUACACAGUGUGGGGAAGAACAAAGUUACAGAUUGAGGUCCGUGCCUACUGUGACCCGGACUGGUACGGGUCAGUGUGUGAGACAUAUUGCAAGGCCCCUCCUGACCAGAGUGACUACACGUGCAACGAACACAAUGGAGCAAAAGUGUGCUUUGAAGGUUGGAAGGGAGAUGUCUGCGAUGAGGACGUCGAUGAAUGCGCAGCAAUAUAUAUUAACAACUUGUGUCAACAUGGGGGCAGUUGUACAAAUACACGCGGAGGUUUUGAGUGCAGUUGUGUGGAGGGUAUCACAGGAAGACGAUGUGAAAACAUUAUCAACCAGUGUGCACUGAAGCCAUGUCUCAAUGGAGGGACAUGUGACGGAAACCAAACAGACUUCCACUGCGCAUGCUCAGUAAAGUGGACUGGAGAGACAUGCGCAGAGACGGUUAAUUUCUGUGACAGCGCUUCCUGUAACAGAGGGAAUUGCACACCGGAACUCUUGACGGCAACUGGGUUCAAGUGUGAUUGUGAUUUUGCAUGGGUGGGGGAAAGAUGCAGUCAAAGUGUUGGCAUUGUCAACAUCACGCUCCUGGGAGAGAUUGAUCACACAAACAGAGGUGACCUGACCGAUGGCUUGAACAGACUCAUCACCGAACUUUGGGAAAUUCCAGGAAAAGUGGAUGUCAAGUUUACCGCAAAAACACAGACAGAAUGCAAUUAUACUACAACGUACGUACAACUCUAUUCAGCUGUAGAGAACGACACCAUCCUGGACAGCGCUUUAGUAAAUGUGAUCUUCGAAUCCAACAGUGAUGACGUCCUCAAUGAAUAUCUGCCUCUUCCGUUGUACCCUCCCCGACAAGAAGAGAAGUCGACGGUGAAGCGACCGCAUGGCAGCUGGAACACCGACUUUUAUGUGUUGGCCAUUCUACCCCCUUUAGGAUUUGUCCUGAUGACUGUACUGCUUGUAGCUAUGUACAUCUGGAGAAGAAGAUCACACAAUUCGGAACCAUUCAUACAGGACGAUGAAAUCUUAUUAUUUCAAAUGGGUGUUCCAUUCAACAGGAAUUCGAACCCACACAGACGCGGUACAAUUACAAGAAAUCUUCAGGAUGCAAGUGUUUCUCCAGAUGGUUACACAAGUCUUCGCUUCCAUGACGUACAUAGAGGGACACUCGUCACACACUGUGAUGACACAUCAAACAUCCAAGGAGCAACUGGAGAUAUGACUCUUGACCCGUGGAGCCAAGAGGGAGCAAGCGUUCCUCCAGAUGAAAACGCACGUCAUGAUGACGCAGCAACACUCGAUACACGCCGUCAUGUUACAUCAUACAUCCAACCAGUAACUGGAGAUAUGACCCUUGACCCGUGCCAUCUACAGGGCGAGGAAGAGGAUGAGUACACUGUCAUCGAUGACAACGAUGUUGAGGACAUCUCACAAGAAGACCCUCAUGAAAUGAUAGAAUCUUUCGAUUACACCGAUGUUGAAAACAUCUCACAGGAACAUCCUUAUGAAAGAUAAUGUUUUAGUUGUCCUAGACGAUGUAUCGUCAACCAAUAAGAAUAACGAAAGGACAUGAAUGUAUUCGACGCACUACCCUUUGAGUGUGUUCCCAGUACCAGAGUUGAAAAACCACACUGCAUUUGAUUUCAUUCUCAUAUAAUGUAAUAUUGAUAAUGUAAGAUAUGAAAAGCAUCUCCGACAUCAGACAGAUGUAGGAUUGGGAUGCUAAUAACACUGUCAUCACAGCUAUCAGAGUGGGGUAGGACUAGGAUGCCAAUUACACUGUCAUCGCAGCUAUCAGAGUGAUAUAGGCCUAGGACGCCAAUAACACUGUCAUCGCAGCUAUAUAAGUGAUGUAGGACUAGGAUGCCAAUAACACUGUCAUCGCAGCUAUCAGAGUGAUGUAGGACUAGGACGCCAAUAACACUGUCAUCGCAGCUAUCAGAGUGAUGUAGGACUAGGAUGCCAAUAACACUGUCAUCGCAGCUAUCAGAGUGAUGUAGGACUAGGACGCCAAUAACACUGUCAUCGCAGCUAUCAGUGAUGUAGGACUAGGAUGCCAAUAACACUGUCAUCGCAGCUAUCAGAGUGAUGUAGGACUAGGAUGCCAAUAACACUGUCAUCGCAGCUAUCAGAGUGAUGUAGGACUAGGACGCCAAUAACACUGUCAUCGCAGCUAUCAGAGUGAUGUAGGACUAGGACGCCAAUAACACUGUCAUCGCAGCUAUCAGUGAUGUAGGACUAGGAUGCCAAUAACACUGUCAUCGCAGCUAUCAGAGUGAUGUAGGACUAGGAUGCCAAUAACACUGUCAUCGCAGCUAUCAGAGUGAUGUAGGACUGGGAUGCCAAUAACACUGUCAUCACAGCUAUCAGAGUGAUGUAGGACUAGGACGCCAAUAACACUGUCAUCGCAGCUAUCAGUGAUGUAGGACUAGGAUGCCAAUAACACUGUCAUCGCAGCUAUCAGAGUGAUGUAGGACUAGGACACCAAUAACACUGUCAACUCUGUCAUCAGAGUGAUGUAGGACUGGGAUGCCAAUAACACUGUCAUCGCAGCUAUCAGAGUGCGCCAGAUGCGGUUGAUAGUUCACCGGUUAAAGUGUUGACUUGCACGUCGACUGAACGGGUUAUAAUCCCAUGAUGUGCGCAUUUUGUGACCACCAUAUUUAGGAUCUGUUUGCGUGUGAUGUAAUUGAUGUGGGAUACCAAAGAGCCAGGACUGUGUCAUGUACCUGGGGGUGUGUGGUAGACUAUUGUGAAAGUGUUAGCUCUUCACCCCAAAUACCAGCAUUCGAUUUCCAGCAUGGGUACAAUGUGUUCAUAGUUGGUGUCCCCCGACGUGAUAUGGAAGAACAUUGCUUAAACUCGCACCGACCUUACAUAGCUAUAGCCAUUUAUAUGUCAGAUCUACUGGCAACAUAGAGACUACUACACUCAUUCUCGUCAGAUGCCAUUUUUACGAAACGAGUGAAUUUUCUACGGUAUCUGACCGAGCGAAAGCGAACUCAGAUACCAUAGCAUGUUCACGAGAGAAUGUUUUCGAUAGAUUUGUAUCGGAACUGUUCACUUUUAGUGAUCUGAUCGUGCAGUCGUCACUGAGUUGUGUACGUUUAUUUAUGAACAAACACCUUCGGAAACAGUGCCACAUAAUACGCUUCGAACGGGACAAUGAUGGUACAGUACAAUCGGAGGAUCCAACGUAAGUCUAGAUAUCUGUCCAGAUAGUUUAAACUGACUUCCUAUCAUCAUGCAUAACAUUUUAGGUUAAAUCAAUUUUAACGUCGCGAAAGUGGUCGGGUGCGUCACGGUCAUAGGGACCCUUGAUGUAUCGGUAGUCGUAUAUUGUAAAUGGAUGUGGCUCGAUUAAAUAAUGUCUGUAGCAGCUCUACGCAUACCUAAUGUAGAAUGCAAAGCGAAUUUGAUGCGGGUGACCAUCUUGUUGGGUUUAUUUAAGUGUUUGUAAAUGUUUCGCUUUCAUGUCAUUCCUUCAGUUCUGCAUCGAUGUUGUAAAGCGUUUCUAAAAGUGAAUGACGUCUCGUGUUUUUUAUGAAUGAAAAAAGUAGUUCUGGUGUGACAUGUACAGAGGUCACGGUUAUCCAAUCAAAACGAAUAAAACGAGGUCAUUCUUGUAUGACAAAAGUGUGACGUAUGGAUUUAGUAUCAUACCACCUGUAUCUUCACCACGUGGGUAUUGAUUGCUUGUAUUUACUGCUACAGAUAGAUAUUUAGAUUAUAGUUUGUAAAUAGAGAUAAAUAACAUGAUGUACACAUUGUAAUAGCUGAAUG